AAGUUCGACGUAGAGACGUGUCCACCCUCGUGUCCACCCCUCGUGUCCACCCUUGUGUCUCCACCCCCCCCCCUCGCCCCCGCCGCCACCGCCGCGUGCGAGCAGCUGGGGGGAGACGGCGGAGGCAGUGGCCCCCCGGGGAGUCUCUCGGCGCUGGAGGGGACUGGGGGGGAACUCCGCGAGGAGCUGGCGGAGCACGACGGGGAGCUGGCGGAGCUGGGGGAGCGCCUGCAGGGCCUCUCGCUCGGGGCCGCCCUCUUCCUGCAGAUGAGCACGAGGCCACGGCUGCUGGGCCGCGUGAGCUCCCCGCACCGCUUCCCGGGGCCCCCGUGGCCCCCCGCGACCCCCGCGGCGACCCCCGCGGCGACCCCCGCGGUGACCCCCGCGGCGACCCCCGCCGCCACCGCCGCCACCGCCGCCGCCGCCGCCCUGGCGCCCCCCCGGGGCCCGACGAGGCCCUCGGCUCCGACGACGGCAGCGGGGGCUCCGACGCGCCGCGCUCCGAGGGGGGCGGCUGGCCCGCCGGCUGGGGGGCCCUGGGGCCCGGGGGCCCCCGGAGCGGGCGGAGGGCCAGCGACGCCCUCUCUGAGGCGUCGUGCGCCUGCUACACAGCAGCUUCGUGGGGCCUUAACCUGGCAAGAUGAACAUUGUUACAUCGCCUAGAACGCGCAACGGGGCACCAAUUAACACGAAGCGGUCGAGGCGAUCUCGAUUUGAAGCUUCCGUCACUGCAGGGAGAGAUCCCCGUACUCGAAAGUCGUCACGUGGGUUGACAAAAUAAAAUAAAUCACGAC